AUGGCACCCAACGCCCCGCAACCGCUCCCCGUCAUCCUACAAACGGAAGAUGUGAUGCCUACAUGUGCGCGUCAUAUUGCUGAGCACCGCAGUCUUACGGAAAAGAUCAUUGGCUCGGUGGUGCUAUCAACAGCUACUUUCGAAAGUGUUGUGCUCCCGCUGGAGGAGUUAGAAAAUGCGCAGAGUGGUGAGAAGGCCAUUAUUGACGCUCUAAAAUAUUGCGCAGCCAGUCUUACCUGUCAAACGGCUGCGGAGGCCGCCCAGGAUGUUUUUCGCGCCUAUUAUUCGUCAGCUAUGCGACGGGAAAUGUAUAUUCUGUUACAAGCUGUCAAUGACCGGAAAGAGUGCCUCGAUCCAGAGUCUCAGAAGCUUCUUGACCACAGACUUCGGGAUUACGCAGAGAAUGGCUUUGACAAGCUCAACGACGCAGAAAUCCAGCACCGCCAGAAGCGAAGCAACCGCAUUGAGAAGCUAUGUACUGAAUAUUGCCGCAACGUGCGGACAGAGCGGGGAGGAGAGUGGUUCACGCCGCAGGAGGUGUACGGUCUCCCGGAACGCGACCAGGAGCCGGUGGGCGAUGACGGCAAGGCAUUUUACAGCUACGCAAACAAACAGUUUGACGUGAUGAGCCGCGCCCGUGAUCCAAAGACGCACCGCCAAAUGGCCGAGGGUGCAGGCUAUAGCUGUGCCAAGAACGUGCCUAUCUUCCGGGAAGUCAUGCUACUAAGAGACGAGAACGCCCGUCAGCUGGGCGCCGCCAACCACGCUUCCACCAAGCUACCGUAUCGGCUGGCUGAAUCACUGGAGUGGCUGGACCAUUUUCUCAACGAUGUGGCCAACACCUUGAUUCCAGCUGCGCGUGCUGAGCAUAACAAUGUUGCGGCGGAGCGGAGACGCAGUUUGAAAGAAGAGCCGGGCGAGGAAGUCCCGGAGGAUGACAACACUAUGCCGCCCUGGGAUUACCUUUACUACAGCACGAAGCGAGACGACAAGGUCCUGCCCAUCGACCACGCAGCCAUUGCCGAGUACUUUCCUCUGCACCACACGUUCACCGCUAUGCUCGCGCUCUUUGCCGACUACCUGCAAUUGUGCUUUGACCCAAUCGCACCCAGAGAAUUGGCAACUGUUGCGUGGCACCAAGACGUUCAGGGCUGGGCCGUAUGGGACGAACGUCAGGAGCAUAAAGAUGAGUUUAUUGGCUACCUUUUUGCCGACUUGCUGGAACGCCCUCACAAAUAUAGAGGUAAUCAGAGUGUAAAUCUUCAACCUGGUUACGUUAGACCAGAUGGCACCCGAGUGUAUCCGUCAAACACGCUCAUGUGUAAUUUUCAUCUGUCGCCGACCAAGGCCUAUCCAUUAAGCCACAUGAACUUGAUCACCAUGUUCCAUGAACUCGGACACAGUAUACAUGAUAUUAUAUCUCGCACGCGAUACGCCCGAUUCCACGGAUACAAUGUCCCUCGCGAGCUAGCCGAGGGCAAUGGUAUGAUGCUGGAACAAUGGUGCUGGUUGCCAGAUGUGCUUCGACAGCUCAGCUGGCACUACACUCGUGUUGAUCAGUCCUUCAAGGAGGUGUGGCACAAGGAGCACCCUGGUGAGGACCUACCACCGGAACGCAUCCCGGAGUCCCACAUAGCACAGCGUAUUGCACGAAGACCCGGCAAUAUUCGAUCAAACACCUUGGGCCUUCUAGUGCUCGUCCUCUUUGACCUCAUGGUGCAUAGCCCACCCAGUCGUGAAGCCCCUGAGAAGCUCGACUUUGCGGCCGCGUUCAAUGCAUAUUCUCUGAGAAUCAAGUCACGAGGUCUACCAAAGAAUGCUUUACCACACACCGCUGUGACUACACUCUUUGACGGCUAUGAUGCCGGGUUCUAUGCAUACACGUGUGCCCAAGUUUUGGCCCUAGACUUUUUUGCGACCACGUUUGCUGCCGAUCCGUUGUCACGCGCUGCCUGGCAGAAAUUCCGUGAGGGCAUCAUGGAACCGGGUGGCAGCCGCGAUGAGCGUACUCUGGUGAAAGAGUUUCUGGGCGGCAGGUCCAUGGAUGCAUCGGCACUGUAUUCUUUGCUUGGACUGAAAAAGUAG